CCAGCCCCUGCCUCGCCAUGGCCGAGGCCGCCUCCGCCGCCGGGGGAACGUCCCUGGAGGGCGAGCGCGGCAAGAGGCCCCAACCUGAGGGCGAGCCUGCAGCCCCAGCGUCCGGGGUUCUGGAUAAGCUUUUUGGGAAGCGGCUGCUGCAGGCGGGGCGUUACCUGGUGUCCCACAAGGCUUGGAUGAAGACGGUGCCCACUGAAAACUGCGACGUGCUGAUGACCUUCCCAGACACGACUGAUGACCACACGCUGCUAUGGCUGCUGAACCACAUCCGCGUGGGCAUCCCGGAGCUCAUCGUGCAAGUCCGCCACCACCGCCACACACGCGCUUAUGCCUUCUUCGUCACCGCCACCUAUGAGAGCCUGCUCCGAGGGGCCGAUGAGCUGGGGCUGCGAAAGGCGGUGAAGGCAGAGUUCGGCGGGGGUACACGCGGCUUCUCCUGCGAGGAGGACUUCAUCUACGAGAACAUAGAGAGCGAACUGCGCUUCUUCACCUCCCAGGAACGCCAGAGCAUCAUCCGCUUCUGGCUGCAGAACCUGCGUGCCAAGCAGGGCGAGGCACUGCACAAUGUGCGCUUCCUGGACGACCAGCCAAUCAUCCCCGAGCUGGUGGCCCGCGGAAUCAUCCAGCAGGUGUUCCCGGUGCACGAGCAGCGCAUCCUGAACCGCCUCAUGGAAUCGUGGGUGCAGGCAGUGUGUGAGAACCAGCCUCUCGAUGAGAUCUGCGACUACUUUGGCGUGAAGAUCGCCAUGUACUUCGCCUGGCUGGGCUUUUACACGUCGGCGAUGGUGUACCCGGCUGUCUUCGGCUCAGUGCUGUACACAUUCACCGAGGCUGAUCAGACAAGCCGAGAUGCGUCCUGUGUGGUCUUCGCCCUCUUCAAUGUGGUGUGGUCCACGCUGUUCCUGGAGGAGUGGAAGCGGAGGGGGGCAGAGCUGGCCUACAAGUGGGGGACGCUGGACUCCCCAGGGGAAGCCGUGGAGGAGCCUCGACCCCAGUUCAGGGGCAUCCGGCGCAUCAGCCCCGUGACAAGGGCCGAAGAAUUCUACUACCCACCCUGGAAGCGGCUGCUCUUCCAGCUGCUUGUCAGCCUGCCACUGUGCCUGGCCUGCCUGGCCUGUGUCUUCCUGCUCAUGCUUGGCUGCUUCCAGCUGCAGGAGCUGGUGCUGAACAUGAAGGGGCUGCCCCGCCUCGCCCGCUUCCUGCCCAAGGUUGUGCUGGCCCUGCUGGUCAGCGUCAGCGCAGAGGGCUACAAGAAGCUCGCCAUCUGGCUCAAUGACAUGGAAAACUAUCGGCUGGAGAGCGCCUAUGAGAAGCACCUCAUCAUCAAGGUGGUCCUGUUCCAGUUUGUCAACUCAUACCUGAGCCUCUUCUACAUUGGCUUCUACCUCAAGGACAUGGAGCGCCUGAAAGAGAUGCUGGCCACCCUGCUCAUCACCCGCCAGUUCCUCCAGAAUGUGCGUGAGGUCCUGCAGCCUCACCUGUACCGGCGGCUGGGCCACAGCGAGCUGGGCCUCCGGACCGUCUGGGAGUUGGCCCGCAUCCUGCUGGGCCUGCUGGGCCCCUGGCGCCCUGCACCUCGCCACCUUGAACCCCAGGCUGAGGAGGGGGGCAGCAGUGGUGGUAUGGCGGGCCACAGGUGUCUCCGUGGGGGCUGCGGGGCACCCGAGGAGGAGGAGGAGGCGAUGGUGGAGCGGCGGCCUGCUGGGGAAGGUGGGGAGGAGGGGGAUGGGCUGCAGGGGUGCCCAGAGGAGAUGGAGGAGGAGGAGGAGGAAGAGGAGGAGGAGGACAAGGAAGAAGAGGAAGAAGGGGAGGAAGGCAGCCUCCUAGACUGUGGGCUGCGGCUGAAGAAGGUCAGCUUCGCAGAGCGGGGCACUGAGCGGCGCCGGGGCCUGAACCCUGAGGCCCUGCUGGAGGAGGGCAGCCCCACUAUGGUGGAGAAGGGCUUGGAGCCUGGUGUGUUCACGUUGGCCGAGGACGAUGAUGAGGCUGAGGGCACCCCCAGCAGCCCCGAGCAUGAUUCUGCCUCUGUGCUGCCGCACCGGGCUGGGGGCGAGGGCCGUGACCAGUGCCCUGAUGGCAGCCCAGAAUCCGAGCCAGGUGUGGGUGACUCAGCCCACCGGCAGCGGCGGCAGAACCGGACAUCCUGGAUUGACCCACCUGAGGAGGAGCAUUCGCCCCAACUCACGCAGGCCGAGCUGGAGAGCUGCAUGAAGAAGUACGAGGACACGUUUCAGGACUACCAAGAGAUGUUCGUACAGUUCGGCUAUGUCGUGCUUUUCUCCUCUGCCUUCCCUCUGGCCGCGCUCUGCGCCCUCAUCAACAAUCUCAUCGAGAUCCGUAGUGAUGCCUUCAAGCUGUGCACGGGCCUGCAGCGGCCCUUUGGGCAGCGUGUUGAGAGCAUUGGCCAGUGGCAGAAGGUGAUGGAGGCCAUGGGUAUCCUGGCCAUCGUGGUCAACUGCUACCUAAUCGGCCAGUGCGGGCAGCUGCAACGCCUCUUCCCCUGGCUCGGGCCGGAGGCGGCCAUCGUGUCCCUGGUGGUGCUCGAGCACUUCGCUCUGCUGCUCAAGUACCUUAUCCACGUGGCCAUCCCAGACAUCCCAGGCUGGGUGGCCGAGGAGAUGGCCAAGCUCCAGUACCAGCGCCGGGAGGCCUUCAAGAAGCAUGAGCGUCAGGCGCAGCAGCACUACCAGCAGCAGCAGCGGCGGCGGCGGGAGGAGGAGGAGCGGCAGCGGCACGCGGAGCAUCAUGCUCGCCGGGAGCGCGAUGCCGGCGCCGGCGGCCGGGAGGAGGCGCGGCCCGAGGGCUCCGGGCUGGACCCCGCUGCGCCCGAGAAAGCCUCGGCCAAGGCCAAGGGCAGCGGGGCAGGCGGCCACUGCGCGGAGCGGCCCAAGCGCCCAGGCUCGCUGCUAGCCCCCAACAACGUCAUGAAGCUGAAGCAGAUCAUUCCGCUGCAGGGCAAGUUCCUGUCUUCAGGGGCCAUAUCGUCGCCGGCUGGGGCGACCGCAGGCCCAACCGCCCGGCCGGCCGCCGCCCAGUCGCCCACGGGCAGCGACACCCGCCUGCCGGCUUUCCUCAGCUUCAAAUUCCUCAAGUCGCCCGAGACCCGGCGGGACCCAGAGCAGCGCAGCCACUCGCCGCCCAAAGCCUUCCACGCCGGCAAGCUCUUCCCCUUUGGCGGGGCCCGGGCCGAGGCCGGGGCCAACGGGGCGGGCGGGCAGGCCCAGCCAGAUGGGAUGCCCGGCGGCAGUGGCGGUGGCCGGGCCCAGCGGAGUGGGCCGGCGGACGAGGCUGCGGCGGAGGAGCCGGAAGCCGCCCGGCCCGAGGAGGAAGGCUCAGGGACAGCACUGGCCCCAGUGGGUGCCCCUGCCCUCCGCGCCCACCGCAGCCGGAGCCCUGCGCUGCCGUCACCGCCACCACCACCGCCGUUGCCCCGGCCUCUGACGCCGCCGCCCACCGGCUGCUGGCAGUGGGACGGGCCGUGGGGCUGCGGGGGCGAGGGUGCCGUCCCCCGCCAGGUCCCUGCCACUGCUGCCACUGCUGAGUGCCCACCCUGUGCCCAUGCUGGGGCCCCGCUUGCCCCGCAGCCCCUGCCAGGGGAUGCCAGCUUCUACAGCCUCCCGCCCCCACCGCCCACCUCUGGGCACCCUCAGUCUCCGGAGCCCACACCCAGCCCCAGCCCCCAGGCUGUGUGCUGGCCCAGUGGCUGGCACUAGCCCGCUGCCUGCCGAGCUCAUAUGCAAUACACACCCAGGGCCAGCUGCCCUUCUGAGGGCCAGGGCCACUCUUAUCUGCCGUUGUCCUUUAGGAGGAGGGUAAAUGAAAGGAAACCCCCAAAGCCAACAGAAAACACACACACAGAAUAGGCAAUUAUUUAUGUUUUUGAUUUAUUUUGUCAUAUUUUUGUAAAACGGCAGAAAUGCAAUAAAAAGUAUAUUUCAACAGUGCCCAGGGUCAGCGCUACGGAAGAGGCUAGGGUAGGUACCCCUUUCUCGCAUGUGCCGGGCCACACUUGGGCCUCCCCGUGGAACUGGAACUCAGGACCACAAUUAGAAAGUUCGAGGCCAUUGUUGCAUAUGAGGUGGCCCAGAUUUGGGGGCCAACCUCAGUCUUAGGCCCUCCGGGAGCAGC